AUGGCACCAGAAAUCCUCAAGAAAUCAAAAUAUGGUCCAAAAGUUGAUAUUUUUAGCACAGGCGUUGUGAUUUAUACUAUGCUGACCAGAAAUUCGCCUUUCUCUAUCGGUAAUGUAGAAGAAAGACUUCUAUCAAACAAAAAAUGCAAAAUUUGUUUUUCUGAAAAAAUUUGGAAUCAUUACAGUUACGGAUUAUUUAAUUUUGUAUCUAAACUGCUGAGAAAAAAUCCUAACUCCCCCCUCCGUGAGUGAACAAAACCAUUAGAAAAAUCGGUGCACCCAUUUUAAUAGUGGACAAAUAAUCGUGCUACAUUUUUCUAGGCUUUUUUGAUAGAAAACUAUAUGCUAGGCAGUCAUUUACUAGUCUGUCAUUUCCUCGAAGGUAAAUUCCCCUGCGACAUUUGCUCGAAACCAUAUUCUCGUGUGACAUUUGCUCGUGUGAUUUACUCGGCGACAUUUGCCCGGACGUAAAAUUUCUCGAGGACAUUUACACUACGGCAUUUCCUCGGACAUUUUUAAUCGAAUUACAUUUCCUCGAAAAUAUUUACCCGGCGACAUUUGCUCGAAAUUAUAAUUAAUUUUUUUUUAAAUAUAAUAUAUACUACUUUACUUUUUAUAGCUACAGGAAAAAACUGCAUUACUGCUGCUCAGGCCAUAACCCAAGAUUUCUCGGUAGAGGAACGCCCAAGGGUCUAUGAGAUGCUGCUGGACAUCUUCAUUUUCAACCAGAUGAAAGUAGUCUAAGCCUAGCCGGAUAUAUAUCUCUUGAGUUUGGGCUUGAUUCUCGCUUGGAGUCUUUACCAGUUAGCCUUGGUCGUAAUUCUAACCGUUGCUCCUAGAUGGCAGGCUAACACGUGCCGCCAUUCUAAUGUAUAUCUCAUCUUCAGGCUUUAAGGAAAUUUCAAAGCUCAAGUAAACUCUCGAAUCCUCUAUGCCAUCCUUCCUCAGCAUUGUUUGUUCGUGGAAGAUCCUGCUACACAUUGAAGAAUGAGUUUCAUAAAUUAAUAGAAAAUAGAGAUUCUUUCUUACUCCAUUUUGGUCAAGAAUACCUAUCCACGUGCACUUAAAAAAAUCUAAUAGUUCUAUUGUUUUAGGUUCCAUUUCCAUUCAAAUUCAGCAGCAGUCACUGCCCAGGCCUUAUGGCCUCUUAAUUAAUCAUUUAUCUAAUCUACUCUGAAAUAACUCUCGCUGUUAUCCGCUUUGUAUUUUUCAUUUUGAAAUUCUUUUGCUCUAGCUACUAACAACUUUAUGUGAAAGAUCUUAAAAGCAAGAUCUAUUCUCUUCACUUCUGCGAGUUUUCCUUCAUCCAUCAUCAACUUCAGCUUCUUCUUCUUCUUUUUCCUUUUCCUUUUCCUCUUGCUUCUUCCAUCAAUCCCCUUCAGUUCGAUCCCCGCAUUUCUUCAAGAUUCUACCCUAGUUUCUCCCAGACUCUCCUUCAUUUUCCCUUUCGAACUCUUCUUCAGUUUGUUCCUCCUGCUUUUCCCUUCAUCCUCCUCCUCCUCUAGUUGCUUCCUCAUAUUUUUUUCCCUUUUCUCUUGCAAUUCCCUUUAGCUUCUCCUUUAAUCUUCCCUUUCUCUCCUCCUUUUAUUAUUUUUCCUUCUCCUCUACUCUCUCUUCUCAAUUCUGGACCUUCUCUAACUUUUUUUUCUUAGUUCGAUUUGUCUGCUUGCCCAGCAGCUGCUCUGCCGUAUUGCUCUUGCUUUCAUUCAACUUUUUGUUCUGUCCCAGUGGUUUCUGCCUGGGCUUCCAUUCUCCCACUAAUGAAUGACUGAGGUAACUCCCUGCACUUAUACACAGCUUGCACCAGUUCUUCUGAGUCAAUCACCGUUCCUUCAAUUCCUGUGUCUCAUUGAGCACCAUUUCUAUCAAUAUCUUCUCAUCUUUCUCUCUUCUUCUAUCUUCUUCAACUCUUCCCAUUCAUCUUCCAAUUCUUCCAGAUACUCUUCAAGAGCAUCAAUUUCGCCAUAUGACUCCAUAGAGCUGUAGUAAAACUCCUUGUCGAACACAUUCCGAGAAUUUUCCUCUUUCCUGGACAGCUCGGAGAUUAGUCUUAGUUGACAUUUAAUGGGAUAUAUAAAAAGUCUAUUCUUUUAGGUUCAUUUGAAUAUUUACGUCUUGAAUCUUUAUCUUUAUAUUCUUAUGGAUUAUUUUAAAUCCUUAACUUUUUUCUAAUUUUUCAGUUUUUUCUGUGAUAAUUUCUUUGGUACUUCCUUUUUUAAUAAUUCUUUUGAUAUUAUUGUGUUCUUGGCUUUUAAUAGACCAAUUCUGGGUUUUCUGAGGCUUCAGAGUUUCUGAGUUUUCUGGGGCUUUCAGGGAUUUCAGGGUUCUAUGAGUCUUCUGGGCUUUCUGAUCUUCUAGGUUUUCUGAUUGCUCUGAGUCCUCUAGACCUAUCCUUGCUGCUUGAAUUCCUCUUAUGAAAGCACUUUCCUUUGCCUUUCCUUCAAAUCAUAAGAUAUGGCUUUGGUAGAAUGUGUGGCCAAAAUUAAUUCUCCCUCAUCCAUCAAAUCUCACUCUUUUUCUCUGCCCAUGCCUAGACCUUGAUUUUCUCCAUCAGCUCUUUUUCUAUUUCAUCUUCGUCUUCCUCCACAUCUGAUUCCUCAUGCAGUAAAUCCAUCAAAUCAUCAAAGACAUCAUCAAGACAUCCUGCAUCUACAUAAUCUUCAUAAAUAUCAUCUGGAAUUCCUGCUUUAAGCUUGCCACGCGUUCACACCAUUCCAUACAGGCUGUUCCCGUCAGCUUACUGGAAAUCCAUUAAAGAUAUAGUUCUUUCCCUUGAAUAGCCCGAUAACGGGAUGAAGUCAGCCCGUUAUCGGUCUAUUCAAGGGAAAGUGCUAUAAAAGUUUACAGUCUUGAAUCAACUCCUCAAACUUUUCUUCACCAAAUCAAGUGGAACAAAAGCAAAAGCAGAAAGACAUUUCCUUGCAGUGCAAAAUAAGGGAUCAUUAAUAUAUUUAUUUUGUAGCCCGCAUCUUUAUACGCAAGCAUGAAGUGCCUCAUGAUCAUAAAUAACAGCAAUAUUGAAGCAUAAUCAAUCUAAAGCAAUUCUAAUGUGACUUUUAGCAUAUUUACUAAUAUAUUGCAUAUAAGAUUUGCCUUUAUAUACUAUUAAAUCAGUUAAUGAAGAGUUCCCCUGCAGGGGAAAAAGUUUCGAUUAAAAUGUUUCGAUUAACUUUUCGAUUAUUUGUCCCAGGGUAAAUGUCCACGAGAAAAUAAAUUCGGGGAAAUAUUCCACGAGAAUUUGGCAACUAUUAAAUGUCGCCCAUCAUCUGUCUGACGCCAAAUGUCGACUAUUUUAUGUCGCAGAGAAAAUGUGAGCGAGAAAAUGUCGCCUAGCAAAUGACUGGGCCAGAAAACGUCGCAGAGCAAAGUGUAUUCGAUUAAUUAUUCCAGAGAAUAAAGCCUGCCGGGGAAAAAAUCACGAUUAAAAGACAUGCACCCAGAAAAACCGCUAUUUUUUGCCCAAAAACCACCCUCCGUGAGUGAACAAAAAUUUUUUUAUGGAAAAAAAUUUUGAUAUAUAAAUGAUAAUUAGUAUAAUGAAAUCUAGAGCUAAUUCUGCUUAAUUUUAAACGAAUUGCGUUUUAAAACAUAAAUUUUACAAAUUGAAUUAAUAUUUGCUUUCCAAUUUUUGCGAAUUAGGAUUUUUUUAAAUUUCGAAAAAAAAUAUUUUUAUAAAAUUUAUAUAUAAAUUUUUUUAAAAAAAAAAAAAUUUAACCCCCCUCCGUGAGUGAACAAAAUUUGUUUUUUCACUCACGGAGGGGAGGGGAGGGGGGGAGUAAAGAAAGACCAAGUAUUGAUGAAUCAAGUAGAGAUGCAUGGCUUUUGAAUCAUCAUAAAGGAUUAAUUCAUAGAGAAAUUGCAAGUAGCUUAGGAUCAGAUAUGACUUCAAGUUCUAAUUCAGAUAGAGCAGAGCUCGAAAGUAAAACCUUGGAAAUGAGCUGGGAAAGAGAGCUAGGCUGCUUGAGAAAGCCAAGUGACUUUCGAAAUUUGCUUGAAAAAAAUUCCAAUUAA